AUGCAGAAGUACGAGUUUCUCGGGCUGGUGUCAUUCGUGCUGUUGUGGUGGCUGGCUCUGUUCCUAAUCCUAUGGACCGCUCCCAGUUGGACGAUUGAGGACUAUGUGCAGUCAGUCGCCUACUGCAAUCCCGUGUACUCGACCGAUAGUAUGAAUAAUAG